ACCUUUACCGGUGGUGAGCGAAUUGGCAACACAACUGAUAGCAAGGAUCCUUAUGGAGAUCAAGAGGCAUGGCAUGUAAUGUAUUGUUUGGCGUGGGCUUCUGCGCCGAGGGAGUUGCUCCAGGCGUGCCCUUUAAACUCGGAUGACACGGUUUCCUGGAUCUUCGAAGGCAUUGGGAAAGAUGAGCUUAUCGGUGUCAAAGGGCCAGGAAGAGGCGUAAGCGGUGACGAGAUUGAUUGGUUUGAUUUCAGCAUCGGAAGCCCCGCCUGUGUCAAAGUUCUGGCGAGCGGCACUGGUCACUUGGACGACCUUCGCAUCGUGCCCGAAGGCGUGGCUUUUCCCAUACUGAAUACUCUUGGGAUAUAG